AAACAGCCUGGCAGCUCUUUCAGUCAGUUGCUAACAGAGGAGCUGGUCUUAACAAGAGAGAUUCUGAGCCUGCUACUUAUAGAGACCUUUACUACUACCAUCAUUAUCUAUCUCACAAGCCUGUCUGUAAGGACACAGUGUUGGAUUUACUGACAUCUCAUUUACACCAGUUACCAAGCCCUAUCAGAGAACUCAUGUGGGUGGUGGAGAAGAUCCGUGUGUCCGUGGAGAGAACCAACCUGCCUCUCCCCUCAACGGAAUACAGCUUCAGGAUCGGAGACAUGUUUGGAGAGAAAGCUGAGAAACACAAGAGACUUUCCCUGUGUCCUAAUAUUAUCACCCCAGACACAAUCCCAGAGUUUUGCAUCCCUCCUAAGAUCCCGUCCUUCCAGGAGCCGAAAGGUACAGAGCAGAGCCGCCAGGCCCCCAUCAUCAGAGUGUCCCUGUGUGAAUCUGAGAGGGGGAGCCCUAAGAGGGAGGCCCCAACACGAAAGCUUAUCAGCCCACACAUCAUACAGGUAGAGAAUGUGGACGAGAGCCCUUAUGACUGUAGUGAUGAGGAGACCACCAACGCAGACCCUCAAAGCCAGGCAGCACUCUCCUUGCCCCACAUGGCCAAAGCCCAGACUUGCUACGGUUUCUGUACCCUGCUGGAGAGCCCCCACACCAGGAGGAAGGAGUCCCUGUUCCACAACGACCCUGGCUCCUGUGGCAUACCGCUGCUGCUCCCCAGGAGCAGGUCCAACACUUGCUCCAGAGUCUCCCCUUCUACCUCCCCAUCCUCCUCCCCUUCCUCCUUCAGUCUUCACACCCUGACCUCCAGACUCUCGCCCAGAGGUUAUACACUCAACAGACAGGGUACACUGGACAGUGACACCACCUCCUCAGCUGAGUCCUCCCCUUUCAGCUCCCCAAUGCUGAGCAGGUCCCCACCGAAGUCUUCCCUCUUCAAAACACUGAGUCAUGAAAGGCUUCUUUCCAGAAACACCAGGAAGACUGUGGUGUCCAGAAACAACUCCCUGUCAACAGACGAGGGCAGCUCCACAGACAAUAGUCCCAAUUUCAUGAGGAGGGCGUCAGAUGGGGUGGUAGAAUGCCUUCCACCAAGCUUCGGUCUGGCCCCUCCUACCAUCUUCCCCAUAGACUUGGUUCUGCACAGGGAAAGGGUGAUGAGGGAGAGCAUGGUCCCUAUAGGGAAGGACGGCACCCUGCGCCUCUCUGCAGAGCACUGUCCUGAUAACCAGAGGCUGCGGGUGCGGCUCAUCAGUGCUGAGGGACUAUACACUCACUCGGUGGACCCCAAGAGUAUCAACUGCAGUGUCAGCCUUUCCCUGGUGCCUGGAAAGGUCCAGAAGCAGCGUAGCACAGUCAUCAGGAAGAGUCGUAACCCCAUCUUCAAUGAGGACUUCUUCUUUGAUGCCAUCUCAGAGAAGGACCUCUGCCAACGCUCCCUGAGAUUUAAAAUUGUCAAUAAAAUGUCCACUAUGAAAAGAGACUACAUUCUGGGGGACGUUGAACUUCCACUCACAAGCAUUAUCACUUUAUAACUUAAAUCAUUUGUGUUAUUUAUUUAAAUUGUAUUUAUUAUCGCUUUUAUACUGUGAGCAGAGAUUUCAUACUGUAUCUAUUAAAUCCUUUAUUAAAAUGA